AUGCGAAGGCCUUCAGGCGCUGCGGCCUUCUUCGGAACGAUCGUGGUCGGUGCUGCUGGCGUGAUCUAUUAUGUCCAUGACUUGCAAAAGCGCGAGAAGAAGGAAAUGCGAGCAGGUGUCAUCCGAGAUAUCAAGCGAGACCGGCUGCGUCAACAAGAGCAUAACAAAGCGGCUUAA